AUGGGCUUUCUCCUUCCGAUUAUAUUCGGAGCGUUCCUCUUAUUCACUGCUACUCCACCGUCCCUGUCUCAGCUUCCUCCGACAAUAAUGGCUCCGGCGCCGGCACCGACUCCACCUUCAGAACUCUGCAACGGAAUAUUCCUCUCCUACAGAUUCAAACUCGGUCGCAAGAUCCCUCCAAACGACACAACCGAUCAGCCUUAUCGUUUUGAAUCAGUCCUAACAGUUCUCAACAACGGCCGUGAAGAGCUCAAAGAGUGGAGAGUGUUCGUCGGAUUCCGCCACCGCGAGAUCCUUAUUUCCGCCACCGAUGCGCUUAUCGUCAACGGAACAGAGCUCCCUGCUCCGGUAGGAAACGGCACCAUCUUCGGUGGCUAUCCUGUUUCCGACCUCAAAACAGCCAUUCAAACCGCCGGAGACUUAAAGCAGAUGAGAGCUAGGAUCGAACUCGUCGGAACUCAGUUCAUGGUGACUCCUCCGGCGAUUCCUAUGCCAUCCAACAUAUCGCUUGUUAACGAUGGUUGGCUCUGUCCUGAGCCUACUCCUGCUACUCCGCUAAGCAAAAGAGAGAUAACGACGUGCUGCGAGAGAGACCCAAGCAUAAAAGUCAACACAACAAUCACCGACAAAUUCCUUCCAAGACAACCAGGAGACUUGACCAUAAUGUACGACGUGAUCCGAGCCUACGACCAGAACUACCUAGUCGAAGUAACAAUGGAAAACCACAAUCCACUAGGCAGGCUCGACCAUUGGGAGCUAAGUUUCGACUGGAAGCGAGACGAGUUCAUACAGAAAAUGCAAGGCGCGUAUCCAAAGAUCGUUGACGCUACCAAAUGCAUCUUCGGUCCACAGUCCAAAAUCUACACCGGCCUAGAUUUCGCAGACGUUCUCACCUGUGAGAGACGGCCAAUCAUCGUUGACUUGCCUCCGACCAAAGCAGAGGACCCGGCUUUAGGCAAAAUCCCAUCUUGUUGCAGAAACGGUACGAUCUUGCCACGUAUCAUGGACCCUUCGAAAUCAGCCUCUGUCUUCACAAUGCAAGUCUCCAAAAUGCCUCCUGAUUUUAACCGGUCCGCUCUUUUCCCGCCGCAAAACUGGAGGAUCAAAGGGACGCUUAACCCGGAUUACUCAUGCGGGCCACCUGUUCGGGUCAGCCCGACUUUUUAUCCGGAUCCGAGCGGUAUGCCAACCAACAAAUCAUCUUUUGCCAGCUGGCAGAUUGUAUGUAACAUCACACACGCCAAAACAGAGAUCCCGAAAUGCUGCGUUUCCUUCUCCGCUUUCUUCAACGACUCGAUCAUCCCUUGUAACACAUGCGCUUGCGGUUGCGUUUCGGAGACGCGACGCACCUGCAGCGCCGAGUCUCCACCGCUUCUCAUCCCUCCAGACGCUCUUCUCUUGCCUUUCGAAAACAGAACAUCUCUUACGGUUGCGUGGAACGCACUCAAGCACAAAACCGUCCCAAACCCUAUGCCGUGCGGCGAUAAUUGCGGCGUCUCGAUUAACUGGCACAUGGCUUCGGAUUACAGAGGUGGAUGGACAGUGAGGAUCACGAUUUUUAACUGGGGAGGAAUCGAUUUCCCCGAUUGGUUUUUAGCGGUUCAGAUGAAGAAACCGGCGAUUCGUGGAUUCGAGAAAGCGUAUUCGUUCAACGCGAGUCUCCUGAGCGUGGACGGAGGUGUAAACAACACCAUUUUCAUGGAAGGUCUUCCCGGUCUGGAGUAUCUCGUGGCGGAGCGAGAUGACUUGGAUCCCAAGAAAAAACUUAGGGUUCCAGGUAAACAGCAAUCGGUGAUACAGUUCACCAAGAAGCUCACGCCGGGGAUUAACGUGGCGGAACGCGAUGGGUUCCCGGCGAAAGUUAUAUUUAACGGCGAGGAAUGUAUGCUUCCCGAUGUGCUUCCGAUUGCAAGCGGUGGAAGAAGAAAUGGGUUUGUCACGGUUUUGUCGUGUAUCGCGAUUUUUGUUGCUGCGUUUAUACUUUAG